UCCAGGGAUUCAAGGAGAUAUUCGGUGAUUCGAAAUUCCAUGAAUUCGAACAAUCAGCAUGGAUAUCGCGCUGUUUUACGUGGUAUCGAGAAGGAUAUAUCACAUGCACGAUAGGUGGAUGGGUUCGGCACGGGUGGUUGCUGGCAGAGUGAGAGUGAGAGAGUCAUAUAUAUAUAGAGAGAAGGGGAAACCCGACUCGGCACUCCAAAGUACACAGCCUCCGCGUUUGCAGUGGUGUGCUUUCGGUUCCCUCUACACACGAUAUUCAUUCUUCGCGGCUUCGCGCCCGUGGUAACAGUCGGCCAUCCACGUUUCCACGUUGCACGAGGGCAGCUUCCGGAAUCAAUCUUUUCGUCAAUCGACACGGCCACUCGAACCAGCUACAACCAUGAAGCUCGCUAUAUUCGCAUUCAUAGCGAUGAGCUGUCUGAUAGCCGUGGUCAGGUCGGCAGAGGAGGAAGAGGAGGAGGAGGAGGAGCUCGAGGAUAACCAAGAGCAAGAAGAGGCGCCGACCACGACCACCGAAUCUUCCAAGAAAGUUCGAGGUGGAGUCAGACCUUUCAGGUCGAAUCAAGAUUUGUUGGACGCGUUGAAGAGAAGAAGAGCUCAAGCGGGACCCACCACCUCUCAUCGGGAUACCUCUGCAACCCAAACUGCCACCGAAUCGACGACACCUAAAUCCAAAGCGACCACGCACAGCCGCAACAAAAGUAACGGCGCCACAAGCGAGACGAAAUCGACGGGGCGCGGCAGGUUUGGAGGGACGAGGGGAAGCAAACCUUUACAAGAGGAGGUGGAGGAGACUCAGCGAGAAGAGGUUCAAGUGAAACCGAAACCGUAUCGCAGAGGUUAAAUCGAAUCGCUGGGAAGAUCGCGGAUUUUCCAGCUUUGUUCGACUAACGCGGGAUGAAAUUUAAAUUUAAAAUUAAAAUCCAAUCACAGCGAUCGACCACGUUCUCUCGUCGAAAACUCGAUGAAAAUUUACUUUUAGACGUAUACAAUACUUGCGAGUUUCAAAAUUCAUUCUCUCUCUCUUCUCUCUUUUUUCUCUCUUUCUCUCUCUCUCUCUCUCUCUCUCUCUCUCUUGUAUAUCGAAUCUCCUAGCGUUUAAAAAGAAAAAAAAUUGAAACAUGACGAAAAGAGUGUGACAAAUGCGUGGACAAACCUGUAACUAUCAGUUUUGUAAUAUCUAUGUUUGCGCAUUAAUGGAGAAAGUACAUUCGAAAUGACAUGUAUAUAUAUAUAGAAGAAGGCUGCCAUUCACCGAAUACUCAAGGUACUUACUGUAUAAAUGUAAAUUAAUACAAUAAAAAUUCUAAAAAACAC